AUGGGCCAACCAGAUGUGCUCUGGGCGCAGGGGGCGCGAGCAACCCGCCCUUCCGAUGGGCAGAGCCUCGCCUCCGCCCACCCCAGCAGCUGGCUGUCUCAAACUGCAUCCUCCUUGAGUGGAGGGCAGAAGGUUUCAAUAUCUUGUUCUGAGGAAUUCCUGACUCGGAUCAGCAAUGAACUUACAGAGGAGGCCUUGUUUAUAGCUGGCUGCCACAUGAAUCCUGUGCCCACCGAGGAAAAGCAGACAAAAGACCAAGGGACUCAGAUAUCCAGUCACGUGCUCUUCACCAUGACUGGAGGCACAGACACCUGCUCUGACAGAGACCAUAUCCACACCAAGGCACACCGGCUAUCCCUUCGUGAUAAGAUGCUCUGUGAGGACCUGCCUAUCCGUACAGUGGUUUCCCCUCCUUCCCAGAUGACAUUUGAUUAAGGAUUUCAUCCUGAGCAAACAUCUUUCCCUCAUCCACCUGCCAGCCCCCCAUGAUUUCAGGAGACUUUUUCUUGCUUACCUUCAAAGAAGAACCUGGAAGCCUACACAUCUUUGAAUUGCUCUUUGAAUUGUUGGCAUUGUGGCUAAUCAAAAAUGUUAGGAGAGGGAAUGGGUGAGUAGAUGGGGAGGUAAGUAAAUGGUGAAUGGGUAAAUGGAUAUAUUCAUUGAACAUAUAUUAAGCACUUACUGUGUUCUAGUACUUCUCUAGAGGGUGAAGUAUAGCAGUGAACAAAACAGAAUCCCUACUGGUAAGGAGUUUAAAAGGGGCAGAGUGAGUGAGUAGAUAAAAGAGAGGUGAGUGGGUGGCUGGAUAGAUGGGGGUAGAUGGAUGAGUGAGUGGAAAGGCAGAUGGAGAAUGAUGGAUAGAUAUCCAGAUGGAUGGGUGGAAGGAGAAUGUGGGUGGGUGGGGAGAUGGAGAGAUGGAUAGGAAAUGGUGGAUGAAUAAAUGGGUUUGAUGGAUGGGUAAAGGAUGGAAAGAUGGUAAGCCAUAAGCUUUGGGUCUAAAGAGUCAAAAGCUGUCUUCCAGAGAGUUCUCUCCCACAGUUUGACAUUCUAUUAGCCCAACCUUUUUUGGUGCUGUUCUUGGUUUCUCAUGCCCUCCCCCAUUUUUCCCUCUAGAACAUGCCUCAAAACUCCUCUUUCAAAACUUGUUAAAUAUUUCAUUUGGGUGGGGGGAUUCCUGGUCAUGAGCAGUGCCACCCUGGAAGCCAAGGAAAUGUUCUGGAUGCAUCGCACAGAUCUCCAUCUUCAGCCAACAAAGAUACCACCAGGAAGAAAAGGCUUUAAUAAAGUCAUGGGGUUCUUCCCCUUCCCCCCAA